AUGUCGACGAUAGAGAAGUAUGUUGCAGUUGGUGCAACUCACUCAGCAGGAGAAUCAAAUGUUCCGGCCAGAACGGCUGAUCAAGAAUCAACAACGGCCUCAAUUCACCGGAAAAGAUCCCGUCAAGGCAAACUCAAAAAAGUUGCCGUGGGUAUCGUUUUUUUCCUAGUUAUUCACUUGUUAAUCCUCAUGAUCAUCGGGUCGCUAAUCCCGAUCUCGAAACCCAAGUUCAGGAUACAAUCCGUCACCAUUCAAGACCUUAAUGUCACUGACGAUUUUGAUUCACCACAUUUUAACAUGAAGUUAAGCAGUCUUGUUACCCUCAAGAACUCGAAUUUCGGAGCCUACAAAUUUGAGGACGCCAAUUUGACAUUCUCAUACAAGGGAGCAAUUGUUGGACGGGCGGUUAUACACAAGUCAUCCGCACAUCUGCGUUCUAAGAAGAGGAUGGCGAUAGAUGUGAUUUUGAGUUCUAAUUCUGUGCCAAGAGAUUUUAAUUUGAGCAUGGAUAUUGCAUCUGGGAUAUUGCCUUUAAGUGGAAGGUCACGGUUGAGGGGGAAGGUGGAAUAUUUUAAGGUGGUUAGAAAGCAUAAAUCCGCGACGUUGAAUUGCACCCUGGCCAUUAAUUUACUUGGCAAAGCCCUUCAAAGAUUGAGAUGUGAUUGAAUUAAGUUUUUGAGUUUUCCUUUCC